UAGCAUAUUUCUAUGAAAUCUUUUGAUGGCUGUCUGCUGUCUGCUUAACUGGGCAUUGAUGGCAGGUUAAUUUUUAAAAAGUUUGUACUUCAAAUAUAGGAACUAUCUUGCUUUCGGCGGAUUAUUCUCAGUUGGAACUUCGAAUAUUGGCGCAUUUGAGCGAAGACGCAGGUCUUUGUUCUGUUCUAGCCAACCCGAUGGCGAUGUUUUCCGCGGCAUUGUAUCGGUUUGGAAAAAGAAAAAGCAAGAAGAAGUCAGAGACGAUGAAAGGCAAAAAGCGAAACAAAUCUUCUACGGGAUUGUUUACGGCAUGGGAUGUAAAAGUUUAGCCGAACAGUUGGAAGUCGGGGAAGAAGAGGCUCAACUCUUUGUGAACACUUUCCACGCAAGGUAUCCUAGUAUACAAAGCUUUAUAACAAACACAGUUAACCAGUGCCGCACGAAUGGAUUUGAUGAUGUUGAUGCCUAAUUUUCUUGACAGGUCAACCGAUGUGGAAAAAAAUUCAGGAGGAAAAUGAAUUGAGCUGCUGACAUUGGCCUAUUCUGGAAUACAUCAGUUUGCAUCAUAAUCAGAAAGUGAUUUUCGUCAUAGUAGUCAUAGCGUAGUAAGGAUUCACUAUGGAGGUCCCUUACAAGUUAGAAGUGAUUGCUUUGACUACAAUCAUCAUUAAACUGGGUGUCUCAGUUUUCCCAUAUUCUGGCAAAAAUCAACCUCCAAAAUUUGGAGAUUAUGAAGCUCAAAGACAUUGGAUGGAAAUUACGGUUAACUUACCCAUACAGGAUUGGUAUAGAAAUACAACAGACAAUGAUUUAUUGUACUGGGGACUGGAUUACCCUCCUCUCACAGCAUAUCAAAGCUACCUAACUGGAUCGGUGGCUAAGAAAAUCAACCAAGACUAUGUAAAACUCCAUGUGUCUCAGGGAUUUGAAAACUUUGACCACCAAUAUUUCAUGAGGAUGUCCGUCCUUGUGUCUGAUUGUAUUUUCUUUGUCAGUGCACUUUAUUUUUACAUUAGAAGCUUGAAGAUGAGUAAUAAGUACAAAUGGGUUUUCUUUGCUUUGUCCUCACACUCUGGACUCACCCUUAUAGAUUAUGGUCAUUUUCAGUACAAUUGUGUUUCGUUGGGGUUGACCUUGUGGGCAAUCAUUUUUGUUUCUCAGGGAAAGAAUGUGUUAGCAGCAAUUGCCUUUUCAGCUGCCUUAAACUUUAAGCAGAUGGAGUUGUAUCAUGCAAUACUUCUAUUUGCUGGCUUCUAUUUGCUGGCUUCCUGUCAACCUAAAGGUUCCUCACUUCCCUCCCAACUAAAGAAUUUGGUCCAGAUUGGCGCUGCCACAGUGGCGACCUUUGCAAUCAUUUGCGUGGAAUCUUUGAAGACUAUGUCGCCAAUUUUUGGUGCACGCUAAAUGUUGUGAUCAAAAUCAAACGACUAUUAAACCCAACCUCAAUCGCCUCGGGAACUAUCACCUAGGCCAUGCCCGUGCCUGAAAGAAAA